AUGGAUUCUAUCCUUGAAGAAUGGUAUCAUUCCGCUGGUUUCACAGAUGCUCAGCAGCAAGCAAUUGCUGAAGCCCGGCAGCGCUUCCACACUGCUAAUGGCCCGACCAUGAAACACAUCAUCGACAGAAUUGCGGUCGCAAUAACUCAGACUUUCACUGACAGCGAUGCAAUGGUCGAACGAUGGCCCUCACAUAUCCGGAAGCUCAUGAACCAGUUCUCGAGAUCUGCUGCCCAGCCCGCCAAGGAAUUCGAGUCAUGCGCACGACCGCGGGAUCUGGAGAAGCGGAAGCAGGCCAUCUCUGUAUGGACAUCGUUGCUGACGUUUCUUGUCUUUAACAGGAGGCCCUAUGGUGCGGACGGUGCCCUAGAGUCUAUGGGAUUGAACCUCCCUUGGACUCUCAAAGAUGACAUCGACACCAUUCGGUACUACGCCAAGUCAGGACAGUCCUUGAAAGUUCUCGGUGAGAUGGCCAGUGCAUUCUUCGUGAAGGUGAUCAAGGACGCUACGGCCACGCCUCAUACCAACCCCUUAGCCUGGUGGUUGGCUGUUUUGAUCCAGACUGAAGUACUGGGUGACCAACCCCGCUGGAAGGUGGCAGGCGUACAGGGCACGCUUCUUGGACGACGCCAUCUAUCGAGGCGACCUAAGCCAAUCCAGAAAGAAAAUCUACAAGAUACCCUGAAUCAUGUCUCUAUCAGUUGGAUUGAUCAAGAUGCCGAGCGCCCUGCAGUCGACAUUCGCCAGGCCUUCCUAGAAAGCUUCUCGCAAAAAUGGAGGAUCUAUACCGAAUAUCUGCGCCCAAUCUUUGCAGAAUGGUUGACGGGCCAAAGUACAGGUCCCAUGUCAACGGUCAUAUUCUUCCUCCACGGAAAGCUGGAAACCCCUUCGUAUAAAAAGGUGCACAAGGUCAUGAUGGAGAUUUACGAAGAAUUUUCCGCCAGUCCGAUGAGGGCAGCCUGUUAUCCAGCUGAGGUGGGAAUGAAGGACACUAUCGAGCAAGCGAACAGUGAGGUUCGGAGGUGCAUCCAUGAUGAACUGGGGCCGAAAAAUGCGUCCCUCAAAUGGGAUGAAGUGUACGACACAAUCGGCAUGAUCCGCAUUCGAGCCAUCUACCGAGAUGAGGCCAAUGAUGCAAGGGCCGUUGCGUGGGUUGAGGAAGGAGACAGUCUGAUUGAAGACAUGUAA